AUUCGAAAAAACAUCGUAAUUCAAUUGUUUCAUUUGUAAAACGUCACAUACCUCUGAAAUUCUUCUAAAAAACGAUAAUUUCGUUAUCAAUUCUUAUCGUUUGCGAACAAAAUGUUACUAAAUCAGUUGCGACAUGUGAGGUCUAAAGCAAACUUCAAUAAUUUCGUGCAUAAUCAGAAGUUUCAUACUUUAGAUCGAGCAAGAUACCAACUUGCUACGUCUCACGAAGCUCGUAUGUCUCCAAACGCCGACACAACCACAGUGAAAAAUGUUGAAAUAAGCCCUCCUAACAGCCGAAUACUGGGUGAAAUUUUCCCAACAACUAGAGUGGUGCCAAUGGUUUUGUCUAACAAGGAGCCGGUUAUUUUAUCCUUCGACGAUGUGCCUGGUCCGAAGACGUUGAAAUACUUGUCGAAUGUGCGGCAAUAUUUGUCACAAGUUGGUACUCAACUCAUGGCUGGGGCUCUGACGGUUGGGCUAAAUAUUGGAACAUAUAUCAACAACCGAAAGCCGCUAAAAAGCCUAUCCGUGCUGUUCGACGAGUAUGGCCCAGUAGUUCGCUUCGUCAGCCCCAUGGGAGGAGACAUAGUCCUCAUAAACCACCCGGACCACAUCCAGAAAGUGUACACCAUGGAAGGAGAAAGCCCCGUCAGAUCCGCUUUGGACUCCUUAGAGAAAUACAGGCUGGAACAUAGGAAUCAUGCAUUUAGCGGAAUUUAUUCAGUCCACGGCCCCGAAUGGAUCCGCCAAAGGAGCACCGUGUCGAGCCCGCUGCACGACGCGGUCGCGCUCCACAUGCACGGCCUCAACGACGUCUGCGAGAGUUUCGUGCAGAAGGUCUACAAUAUGAGGAACCACCAGGACGAGGUGCCCAAGGACCUGAUGAAGGAUAUCCAUAAGUGGGCGUUUGAUUGCAUUGGGUUAAUCGUAUUCUCGAAGCGGUUCACUAUGCUGGAUACGGAGCUCAUCUACAGCCAGUGCGACAUGUCGUGGUUGUACCACAGCCUGGAGAAGGCCACGGAAGCGAUCGUCAAGUGCGAGUCGGGCAUGCACCUCUGGAAGUUGUUCACCACCCCGGCUUGGUAUUCGCUGGUGAAGAACUGCGAUAGUUUGGACAGUUUGAUAGGAAAGCAUGUCAUGGAGGCUGAACAAUCAAUUUCAAUCAAAAACAAAACUGAAAAUGUUUCAAGUCAACAUUCUUUGAUUGACACCAUGUUACUCGGAGAGGAGAGAAUGAAUGCAGAGGAUAUAACCACAGUAAUUAUGGAUAUGCUACUAAUUGGAGUCAAUACGAUUACCUCAUCAAUGGCAUUCCUCUUAUACCAUUUAGCUAAAUAUCAGAGGGCUCAAAAACUUCUCCAUGAAGAAAUUGGUGAUCUGUCAAUAGAUCUAAAAGAUUUUAAAAAUAUAAAGGAGAAGACACCUUAUCUCCAAGCAUGCAUCAAGGAGAAUCUAAGAUUAGUGCCUCCAAUCCCAGUACUUACAAGAAUCUUGCCCAAGAAUAUAAUAUUGGACCGAUACAAUAUACCACGUGGCACUCUUAUCAUAAUGUCAGCGCAAGACACAGCCCUCAAAGAGAGCAACUUUGAAGAUGCCAAUGCGUUCAAGCCUGAGAGAUGGAACAGCCCUGAUGCUAAAGAUUAUCAUGCUUUUGCUUCUAUUCCGUUUGGUCAUGGUGCAAGGAAAUGCCUAGGCCAGAACAUUGCAGAAACCAUGAUGACCUUGCUGACGAUUAGGUUGGUGCAGAAGUACAAGCUGGAAUACCAUUAUGGAGACAUUGAGCCAACUAAGACUUUUAUUGCUAAACCGAACAGAGCUCUAAAGAUAAGAUUUAUUGAUAGGACCCAAUAGUGCGACUGAUACUUAACAAGAGCUUAAGCUGGAAGUAAAUUCAAACAAAUGUGUUUAUAGAUUAAUUUUAUUAUUAUAACUUGCUAAUAAAAUUUAAAAAUAUGA